AUGUACACCAUUAAGGUUUUUCUUUUUAUUAUCCCUCUAGUUAUUUCCUCCAGAAUUGACCAAGAAUAUUCAUCAUUUGAUUCUAUAGCUCCAGAGCCAAAAUCAAGAUUUGCUAUGUUAGAUGACGUAAAAAUUUUAGCAAAUGGUCUCCUUCAGUUGGGGCACGGUCUUAAAGACUUUGUCCAUAAGACUAAGGGCCAAAUUAAUGACAUAUUUCAAAAACUUAACCUAUAUGAUAAGACUUUUUAUGACCUAUCACAGCAAACCAACGAGAUCAAAGAAGAAGAACGGGAACUUAGAAAAACCACAUCCAAACUACAAGUGAAAAAUGAAGAAGUGAAGAAUAUGUCACUUGAACUUAACUCAAAAUUUGAAAGCCUUAUAGAAGAAAAAACUUUACUACAACAGAAAGUAAGAUAUCUGGAGGAUCAACUAACUAAUUUAAUCAAAACUCAACCUGAAGUCAAGGCACAUCCAGAAGUAACAUCACUUAAAAGUUUUGUAGAGCAACAAGACAAUAGCAUCAAGGACCUUCUCCAAACCAUGGAAAACCAAUACAAACAAUUAAAUGAACAACACAGCCAAAUAGAAAAAAUAGAGAAUCAGCUAAAAAGGACUGUUACUGAAGAGCCCACAGAAAAUUCCAAGACCAGAGCACCAAGAACUACACCUUCUUUUCAAAUGAAUGAAGAAAAACAUUUAGAAUAUGAGGGCAUUCCUGUUGAUUGUGCCACCAUUUCCAACAGAGGUGAAAAAGUGAGUGGCAUUUAUGCUAUUAGACCCACCAGCUCUCAAGUUUUUAAUGUCUGCUGUGAAGUUAAAUCAGGUAUCUCAUGGACGUUAAUUCAGUACCGGAUAGAUGGAUCACAAAACUUCAAUGAAACUUGGAAGAAGUAUAAGUACGGUUUUGGGAGACUGAACGGAGAAUUUUGGUUGGGCCUAGAGAAAAUUAAAUCCAUAGUGAAGCAAUCUAAUUACACUUUAAGAAUUGAAUUAGAAGAUUGGAAGGACAACAAGUAUUAUGCUGAAUAUUCUUUUCACUUGGGAAAUGAAGAAACCAAUUACCUGUUAUACUUAGUUGAGAUUAGUGGCAAUGUCUCUAAUGUACUACCAGAACACACAGAUUUGGUGUUUGCCACGUGGGACCACAAAAUAAAAGGACAACUCAACUGUCCCCAAAGUUAUUCAGGAGGUUGGUGGUGGCAUGACAAAUGUGAAGAAAACAAUCUAAAUGGUAAAUAUAUCAAAUCAAGAGCAAAAACCAGAAUAGAGAGGAGAAGAGGAAUAUCUUGGAAAUCUCAGGAUAGAAGAUUAUCCUCUAUAAAGUCAACUAAAAUGCUGAUCCACCCAACACACUAA